CAAACCCAGGUAUCUGCUCUAUUAUUGAGCCUAGUAGGGUCCCUGUCUCAGCAUUGUGUAGUGAUUUAGAUAUACACUCCCAAGAUGGGAUACCAACUUGCUCUUGCCUAACAACUAAGGAGAGAGAUUCAACUCACUUAGCCCUUAUGUUUGGCUUAAUUUUGUUAUAAGAUCUAACUUGAAUCACUCUUAACAAUUUAGAACUAAAUUUAUGGAUUCAUGGUCCACGAAGAAGUGUGAACUUCUACAUCAUGAAAACUCUGAGAUUUACUGACACUAUAUUUAAGAGCCCAAUUGGAUAUGGAAAUCCCUGUUCAAAACCCAGAAAAAACCUGAAUUAGAGGCAUAGAUAAGAAUUAGAGAGCAUAAAUAGUUUCAGAGAGUAAUCCAUGACUCUAGAUUUCAGCUAACUCAAAGUACAAUUAUACGAAGAAGCUUUCUGGCCAUUCUCUUCUUCCCUGUAUCUCUUAGGUGCUUCUGUAGAUUUUUUAUAGCACAUUCCCAACCUAAAUCACAAAAUCUCUCAAAUCAAGAGUGAAACCUGGAUACUGGUGAACAUGAAGUCUUGACUAACUUAGCCGAGGUUAUGGGUGAAGCUCCUGUAAAUACCCACAAUAACAACUAGGAAAGCGAAUUUUGCCUUAGCAUCGAUCUUGGGUUGAUAACCAAGUUAUUAUAAAUCCUUAGAAUAGUGACCUAGAUCCAGAGAAAACAUGCAAGAAUAACUUCUUAAUAAUGUUUGAUCGAAUUAGAAUAUUUUACCUAGGUAUCAGCAUCACUCGUGGCUGGAAUCUGGACAAAUUAUCGAAGGUUGGAAGGGGCUUCUAUCAAACGGAUAUUUCCAUCCAACAACUUGUGGUAAAAAUUAAGGAUUAUUAUAAUCUUGUUAACACCUUCUUUGUACAUUCCUUGCAGAAGUGUGUAGUUCCUUGCUAAUUAUCAAUAAUUUC